AUGUACAUUUUCUGCUUCGUGGUGAUCUUUGGCAUCGCGUUUCCGUUCAUUCAAACCCCAUCGGCGGCAUUGUAUUCGGAAAUUUUGGGUCCUCGGAAGCAGGGUACAAUGCAAGGCUUCUUCUCGUUUGGUGGAAGCAUCGCGCCAGUCAUCGCUUCCGUUUCAACAACAUAUUUAUUCAAACAUUCUGGAUAUCGCUAUGUGAUUAUCGCCCAAGGAGUCAUUCUCAUCAUCGGCGCCGCUCUCAUCCUCAUAUUCUACAAAAGGCUUGUGCCACUCAAACUGAUAUCAAAGAAUAGCCAACAGAAGAGCGAUUUCGAUUGA